AACAGGUUGGAAAUCUGACAAAGUAAACGAAACACGGGCCGAGGUAGAAGGAAUAGGGCGGGACUGAGCGCGAAUACUGUCCGUGAUACAGACUGUGCUUACACAUCGUUACUUCCAGAGAUAGCCGUUAGCUUCUUUGAGGUCACUUCUGUACGACUGAGAAUUGUUCAACUACUUUAAGCAGCGAAACGUGCCCGCACGAGCGCCUCCGUUUUGUUUGACCGUUUUUGUGAAUCCAGUUCUGCUCCAGCUAGAAGAUGAACGCACUGGGCAGCUCUUCCAAAUGGCCAUCGUAUGACUCGCUAACCUCCUGCUCGAGCUUCAUCGUCAGUGAGAGCGAGCAUACUGAGGAUGAAGCAGACGUCUUCUCCGAGGGAGAAGGGUACAGUGGAACAAGAAAGUCUCCCUCAGGUGAAAGAAUCACGCUCUCUGGGAAUUACCUCCGUUUCCCAGCUCAUUCAGAUCGGCUGCAUUCGAGGUCUAAAAUCAACCAGCCUGAAUGCUGCCCAGACAAAACUAAGCAUCUGAACCAAACGUCUUCUCCAGGAGCUGCCAGGUUAGGCUCACCUUCAGCGACGCCUGGGGACCUGGCCUUCGCUCAGAAGUGUGCAGAUCUGCAGAAGUUUAUCCGCCCUUUGCUUGAGCUUCUACAUGGACUAAAGACCGGGCGAUUUCACAAAGGUUUAUCCACUUUCCAGCAGAGUGUUGCCAUGGACAGAUUGCAAAGGAUUCUUGGAGUUCUACAAAGACCUGAGAUGGGUGAGAAAUACCUUCAAACCCUUCUGCAAAUAGAGAUGUUGCUCAAAAUAUGGUUCCCUCAGGUGGCAUUUCAGUCCAAAGAUGUACCAAGCCAGACCGCCGUUCCCAGACUCCAACCACACUGGCGCCAAAACCAGCUCCACAUGCCAGUUAAGAAGAGAAAACUGAGCUGGUCAGACCCCGACGACUCCUGCAAAGUCCUGACCACGCAUGAGCACCAUCAACAUGGGAGCUGCCAGGCAGCGACUCCACUCGACUCCAUUUCCAUGUGUCUACCUGGAUCACCUAAAAGACAGAGAAGUCCAGAGGAGGAAACAGUUGAAGCAGCUGAAGAUGUGUUUACAUACAGCACCGGCACUUUAAGCAAGCCGUUAUAUUCAUGUAGCAAGAGAGAAAAGUCUGAGAUAUCUCUGGCCUCCCCUUGUGAGAGCCCAGCUACACAGGACACCUCAGUGUCCUCAAGUGACAUCAUAACCACAACUGAGUCACCUUAACUGGCCUCGGCUGACCUUGCAACCACAUGGAGGUGCCACUGCAUGCUAGCCUGAGUGAAGGCAGAGGGCGGACUUGAUUACAUAAAGAUAAAGUUAGGCGCAGAGCCAGUCUGUGAUGCCAGUGAGGCAUGUAAAACCAGAAGAGGAGGAGGAGGAGGAGGAGAAAUGCCAUGAGACAUUUAUUAACCCCUAACUAUCCAGCGUGGUUUCUGAUUACACAAGAGUUCUUGCACUAUAAUACCAUGGGUGUAUAUUGUCUGUUUGUAAGAGUAUGACUUUUGUAAACAUCGACUUUCACCAAGUUAAAAAGAUGUUUGAUGUA